GGACAAGAUGGCGGCGUCAACACGAGUGUAUCACAACUUUUCAGCUCUUAGUUUCAUUUUACUGAUAAACGCCGUUUAUAGGUGUGUUUAAUUGUUUUAUUUUAAUGUCACACAACUUACGCUAACUAUUUAAGUUGAGCAUUUAAAUGGCGCAGUCAGAAAAGGAGAUCAUUUCACAGGAAAUGUCAGACUCUCCCUUUGCUGUAGCACAAACCGUGUCUCCCUCUGGCAGAAUUUUGACUGAAGAGGAGUUAAAAGCUCUCCACAACGACAAGAUUUUGGUCUCAAACUUUAAACAGAUGAAACUGGAGAAAGAAGCACAGAAAAAUUGGGACUUAUUUUACAAGAGAAAUACAACAAAUUUCUUUAAAGACAGGCACUGGACUACAAGAGAAUUUGAAGAGCUCAAAGCAUGCAGAAAAUUUGAGUCACAAAAAUUGGUACUACUAGAAGCAGGCUGUGGUGUAGGAAACUGCAUAUUUCCACUGCUGGAAGAAGACCUCAAUGUGUUUAUCUAUGCAUGUGACUUCUCACCAAGGGCUGUAGAAUUUGUUAAACAAAACCCGUUGUAUAGCCCUGAGCGCUGCUGUGCCUUCCAGUGUGAUCUAACUAAAGAUGACCUCCGAGAUCAAAUCCCAGAGAACAGUGUGGAUGUUAUCACUCUCAUCUUUGUCCUGUCAGCCAUCCAUCCUGACAAAAUGAAGCAGGCUCUGGAGAAUAUCAGCAGAGUCGUUAAGCCUGGAGGGGUGGUCUUGUUUAGAGACUAUGGUCUGUAUGACCAUGCCAUGCUUCGAUUUAAAGCUGGGAACAAACUUGGAGAUAACUUCUAUGUCCGUCAAGAUGGCACCAGGUCCUACUUCUUCUCAAAAGAAUUCCUGGCAGAACUGUUUGAGAGUGCAGGCUUCCAGUUCAUCACUAACGACUAUGUCCUGAGAAAGACAGUCAACAAGAAGGAGGGACUCUGUGUCCCCCGUGUGUUUCUACAAAGUAAAUUUACCAAAAACAGUCUGGCACUAACUUCUUGA